CGUCCACUCACCGUUUCCCCCCCUAAUUAACGGGGGGUGGUUUGGUUUGGACGGCUGACGCAACGCUGUCGGUCCGGUGGACGUUUGGACUCCAACACGCUUCACACUUCAUCUCUGCCCGACAUGGGGGCCUUAACCCCACUUCUCUUGCCCGGGAUGCUGAUGCUGAUGUGUGGUCUGCUGCUCCACGCGCCGUCCCGACAUGGAGCCCGUGUGAAGAAGCCCAACUUCAUCAUCAUACUGGCCGACGAUAUCGGCUGGGGCGACCUGGAUGCUAACCAGGGCGAAGGGAAGUCCAACAACACGCCCCACCUCAACCUGAUGGCUGAGCAAGGGCUUCGAUUGACGGACUUCCAUUCCCCCGCCUCCACCUGCUCCCCGUCCCGCGCGGCCAUCCUGACGGGCCGCUACGGCCUGAGGAACGGCGUGACUCACAACUUUGCUGCGAGCUCCGUGGCCGGUCUGCCUCUGUCCGAAGUCACCCUGCCCCGGCUGCUGCAGAAAGCCGCGUACCACACCGCCAUGAUCGGGAAAUGGCACCUCGGCCACAACGGGCCGUACGGUCCAACCAGCAGAGGCUUCGACUACUACCUCGGCGUCCCCUACAGCAAUGACAUGGGCUGCACGGACGCACCUGGUUACAACCUGCCCCCGUGUCCCGCCUGUGACUCUGCGCUGACCAGAUCGCAUGAGCGCCCGCGUGACUGUUAUUCCAAAGUGGGCCUUCCCCUGAUGGAGAACAGCCGGAUUGUGGAGCAGCCGCUCGACCCGUGGACGCUGACGGAGCGGUACGCGUCUGCCGCCACGAGGAUCAUCCACGCCGCGAGGCAGCGGGGACGGCCCUAUCUCCUCUACAUGGCGCUGGCUCACGUGCACGUGCCCCUCACCCCCCCGCCGGCCCCGGACGCCUCCGGCGCCGACGUGUUCGCCGCGAGCCUGCGGGAGAUGGACCGCCUGGUGGGGGCGGUGAAGAGCGCCUCGGACGCGGCGGACAAAGACGACACGCUCAUCUUGUUCACCGGUCAGUGGCGAUUCCCCGCGCGGACGGGUCGCGUCAGCGGGCCGGUUCUCCGAUGUGUGCUGUUGUGUUUAGGGGACAACGGGCCCUGGGAGAGGAAGUGCCAGUACUCGGGAAGCGUGGGGCCCUUUGUGGGAAAGUGGCAGCGCAGCAGAGGCGGCGGCUCGGCCAAGCAGACGACCUGGGAGGGGGGUCACCGGGUGCCGACGGUGGCUUAUUGGCCCGGGAGGAUCCCCGCAAACACCACCAGCUCCGCCCUGCUCAGCGGAAUGGACAUCUUCCCAACCCUCCUGUCCCUGGCCGAGGUUUCUCCUCCCGUGGACAGACGUUACGAUGGCAUUGACGCCACAAAUGUCCUCCUGCACGGGGGACAGACGGGUCACGAGUUCCUGUUCCACCCCAACAGCGGAGCAGCGGGGAGGUUCGGUGACCUGCAGACCGUUCGGACGGGGACACACAAAGCUUUCUACAUCACAGGGGCGGCCGAGGCGUGCGGCGGCGCAACGGGGAGGCCGCAGCUCCACGAGCCGCCGCUGAUCUUUGACCUGCAGCGCGGCGAGGCGGAGGAAACGCCCCUGCGGGUCGGGACGCCCGAGUACCGGGCGAUAGCGGAGAGGGUCGCCCGCGGCAGGGAGGCGUUGCUGUGGGACAUCGCCACCGACGGGUCCGUGUCCACGGCGGACUACAGCGCGAACGCGUCAGCGGCGCCCUGCUGCGAGCCGACGCGGGCCGCGUGCCGGUGCAACGCGCACACAGACACACACACAGACACACACACAGACACACACACACACACAAUAGGCUAAAAGAGAAGCACGCAGGCAAAGAGGAGCGGAGACGCGCUUCUGUCGAGCAAAGGUUGGAAUUUUGGGAUCAACAAUAACAAUUUUACAGUGAAUUGAUGUUUAUUAAUGUCAGCUUCAUUGUCAUUGGUUGGAUGUGACAUUCAAUAAAAGCUGAAAACAACACACAUGAGAAGGACACCACGCAGAGGUUGAAUCACUUUUCAGCUUUAAUGAGUCUUUAGUGUCAAUGUCCAGUAUUGAGCGGGUCAAAGCGGCAUAACAUGUAGAAAUGUUAUAUAUACACAUUAUACACACGAUAAAAAUCCUCCAGAUAUAUUUCCGCAUUGUAGGUCUAUGUGUAAUACUGAAAACAUUUUGUAAAAUAAUAUUUUAUACAUCAAAGUAAAAAUGAAAUGUUAACGUACUGUAUUCAGCAUAAUUUGUAGUAAAUAAAAUAUAUUCGGAUACAACUGAAA